AUGCGUUUCGCCAUCACCCUUCUUCCCUUCAUCCUGCCCGUCUUGGCCAGUGACCACAAGCAAUGCGACUGCCAGAUCAACAAUGGCAACGGCUGGAAGUACGAUUGGCAGCUUACAUUCAAUGUCUGCGCCGACAAUUACGAAAAGACCGCUGAAUACGAUAACGGUGCCGGCCGAUGCAUUGCCAACCCUCACAUCAGACUCGAUGGCGACCGCUUCUACCAGAACUGCAAGGACUUGGCUAAGAAAGGAUGGUACCCCGUUGUAAAUGGCGCUGUCGACACAACUCAGGCCAAGAUUUAUGCUAAGCAAGGAGGCUCUGGCUGCUAUAACUAG